AUGCCAUCAUCCCCACCUCCUGACUUCGCCUUUGAGCACGGUCGUCGAGGUCAAAUCCGUAGGUAUCUCCAGAAAUUUACCACCACAAUCCGGAGAGGAAGCAAGGAUGCCGAUGUCGAUGAAAACAUUCCACAGUCGACUGCCGGGACGAACGACGCCCAGGAACAUUCCCAUGACGAUACGUUGUUCACAAACACCAUUGAUGCCGACGAGCCUCCAGCGACACAUGAUGUCUCCGACGAGCAAUCUCGACCAACCCCACCGGUCACAAAUGAAACAUUCCACGUUGAUCGUGCUUCCGUGUAUCAGGAGAGGGCACAGAAGUUGCGUGACCGAUAUGGGAUGAACAUCGCUGGAGGUGACCGCUCUACUUUCCCUGCCACCGCCCGUCGUGUUCAAAAGUCUGCAAGAAUGCGAGUCCAUCGUAGCUGCCAUGAAUGUGGUGUUGACUUUGGGCAUGGUAUUCAUUGUCGAGCCUGCCAUCACCGACUGUGUGAAGAUUGUCCCCGCACUGCAGGUAGAGGGGUCAAAGAAGCCAUGGCGCAAGCGAGGGAGUAUCCUUUCCACGUUGUUUCUGGAGAGUCGUCGAUGAGCCCAGACCUUGUUAUGGAAGAAGCACCUACCGCUGUCUCAGAUCCGCUUGAUUCGUACGCGAACAUUCUAUCGACCAACAAGCAGGCUCCGAAGCCCUCUACAUCUUUGGGUCCCAUUUUGGCCGACGACAGCACACUGCCAACACUAGAAGUUGACGACGAUAUUCCCGAGUGCGCGCCCAUCCGUAUCACACUUAGUCCUCGCCGUGGCAAAGACGCAAUGUUGAGUUCGAUGUCACCUCACUCAUCUCGUCAUGUACCCUAUCCCAUUUCUACUAUCAGAGAUCCCAUUGUGAAAGCUCCAUCAGGCGUGCAACGUGUGUACCGCAAACCUCGACAGAGAGUCCGUUACACCUGCCACGAAUGUUCUACACCAUUCCACAAUCAUAAGAGAAUAUGCGACAACUGUACCCACGAGCGCUGUCUUGACUGCCGAGAUCAACCAUCUCACAAGUCACAAAAAUCACAAGCAGACCCAAGACUACUCGAAGCUGUGAACCAACGCCUUGCAGAAGUCGGGAAGUAA